UGACAUUUAUUGAACACAGCAAGGUCGAGUGGUGGUACUGUCGUUCGACUCUUUGGGUAACAUUACUACAGUCAUGGAGCGACACCCUAUGUCAACGGCGUGGUUCACUUACUAACACUCAGUGAAAGUGGGGAUGGUUUCAAGAAGUUAGUACAGUCUGUAUACCAUAUUUAUAUUUUGCAGCAGUGUCAGUGGGUUGUCUGAGUGUUACAGACUGAGUAAGCUUUUAGCAUUAUCAUACUGCGUAAUUACAGCUAGCUGACAGGAGCUAGCUAGGUUUAUUACCUGUAAACAUGGGCUCCUCUCCAAAUCACUCCACCAUUAACGUUACAGAGACAGGACUGUCUAGUAAACCCCUCCCGGCUGUCUCAUUAGCCGGACGUGUGCAGCAGGUCUUCAACCACGUGAGGAUGGAAAACCUGCUCGCUGGACUGAGUGGAGGAGUGGUAUCAACGCUGGUACUUCACCCACUGGACCUGGUCAAAAUAAGGUUUGCAGUAAGUGAUGGAUUGGAAUUAAGACCUAAGUACAGUGGCAUACUGCACUGUAUGAAGAGUGUUUGGCAGCAGGAGGGACUGAGAGGACUCUACCAAGGAGUGACACCCAAUGUCUGGGGUGCUGGAGCAUCGUGGGGCCUCUACUUCUUUUUUUACAAUGCAAUCAAAGGGUACACAAAAGAAGGUCGUCAGAAUGAGCUGAGCGCUACAGAACACCUGGUGUCUGCGGCAGAAGCAGGCAUCCUAACGCUCACCCUAACCAACCCAAUCUGGGUGACCAAGACCCGGCUGGUGCUGCAGUACAAUACUGAGCCAACCAGUAAACAGUACAAGGGGAUGGUGGAUGCACUGGUCAAGAUCUACCGCCAUGAGGGAGUCCCUGGUCUAUACAAGGGUUAUGUUCCUGGUUUGUUUGGUACAUCCCAUGGAGCACUGCAGUUCAUGGCCUAUGAAGAGCUCAAGAGAUACCACAACAAGUACAAGAAAGUCCCUUCAGAUGCAAAGCUGAAUGCACUGGAAUAUAUCACAAUGGCAGCAUUAUCCAAAAUAUUUGCUGUGAUCACAACAUACCCAUAUCAGGUGGUGCGAGCUCGACUGCAAGACCAGCACAACACGUACAGUGGAGUUAUUGAUGUCAUCGUACGAACAUGGAGGAAUGAAGGCGCCAUUGGUUUCUACAAAGGCAUCAUCUCCAAUGUGAUACGCGUUACUCCCGCCUGCUGCAUCACCUUUGUAAUUUAUGAGAAUGUGUCUAGCUUUCUUUUGGGACAAAAGAAAUGAGGCUCAGAGGUAUGGGGUGGACAACUGCAGGGACUCUGAGCUUGAUGCCACACCGGGUUACAAAGAAAAACACGUCAGGCUGAAACUGAACUCUCAGGGCUCCGUACGCAAUGUGCUGAUGUGACAGGCCUUUUUCUGACCUGAAAAUGAGUCAAGCUGUGAAAGAGAACCAAAUCAAUUCUGGAUUGUCAGUGACAUGAUGAGGUCCUGUCCAAUUAAUCAUGAACUCAGGAGGUAGAUUAAUUAAAUAUUUCAUCCUAUGGGAGUUAUGUUUACAUCUUAUCUUUUCUGGCAGCAGAAAAUGAUACAGGGGACAAGUUGAUUAUUGCAUGGAUGUGUAAUAAUCAAGUUAUUUGGUUAUGUUUACAGCAACAAUGGAGAUGGUCUUUAGUUUUAAGUAUGCAAACCUAGUUCUCUGGAAAUUCAUAAUUUGUUGACAUUUUAUUACAACAAAUUGUAACUGAACUGCUUUAUAACAUUU